AUGUCUGCUACUGACAAGCUUGCCGCUGAUGAUGGUGAUCCUCUAUCUCCUGAUGAUGCUACUGAGUACCGUAGUCUUGUUGGUGGCCUCCAGUAUCUUACUAUCACCAGACCGGAUAUUGCCUUUGCCGUCAAUCGUGUUGGCCAGUACCUCCAUGCACCCCGGGAUUCACAUCGGUCUGUUGUCAAGCGCAUUCUUCGUUAUGUACGCCUGACAGCUUCUUAUGGAUUACAUCUCCGGCCUACUUCAUUUGGUCUUCUUUCUGCUUUUUUGGAUGCGGACUGGGCAGGCAACCCUGAUGAUCGGCGAUCCACAUGGGGAUAUGCGGUCUUCUUUGGACUUGAUCGCCUGGAGUGCUCGCAAGCAAGCCACGGUAUCUCGCAGCAGUACAGAGGCUGA